ACAAUUCUGGCUACGUUGUCCUUUGAGUUCAUGUCAUGCUAAUUAAUUGGUAAAAUUCCCGAAAAUUCUUAAUUCGCCAGGUUUUCUAGUAUCGAACUAAGCACCAAUCGAUUAGUCAGCAUUCACGAGCCAAUCCUUAGUCAGUCUUAGCAGUGUCUUGGUUUAAGACGACAUUUAUUCGUCUCUGUCAAAUAAUUGAGAAAAUGCGAGAACGGAGUAAAUCUCCCAGACUCCGUCAUGUACAUCCUCAUGUACCAAUACCAGGGCAUCAUGAACAUCCAAUCAACCAGGCUGGCAUGAUGUCUGAGAUUGGGAGCGUAAAACCUCAUACAACAGUAACAGUUAGCACUGAUCCUACACAAUCCCAAUCCUUAGAGAUCAGGUUAAAUAUAGGAUAUUUCAAGACUGUUCCUGGGAUAAUAAAGCUGAUAGAAUUGGCUUUUGGAGUGAUAUGUAUGGCCUGUGCAUCUCCUGCUAAGGGCGUUGGUUGGCAGUUUCGUAUCGGAGAUACCCUUCUAAAUACUAAUGUGUUUACACUGGGAGCAACCUGGGGUCUCGGACACAACCAUUGGUUUCUCUUUGUGGUUGUAACAUCGUUUAUAUGUACUCUAAUAUGGACCUUCUACUACCUUCUACAGAUACGGGAGUUCAUCAAGAUGAAACUACCGUUUACCUUCCUGUGGGUUGAGUUUGUAUUUACCUGCCUGGCCACCAUCUUCUAUAUAAUCGCCUUUAUCGUCCUGUUGGCUGGGUUUGGAUAUUGUGCUGGAGUCAGUGACUGUGAUGCAAGGAUUGCUGGAGGGGUGUUCGGUAUCUUCAACACUAUCGUGUAUGGAAUAGGAGCAUACCUAGUCUACCAAGAGUAUCAUGCUACACCACGAGAACUACAAUAGAAGGGUUUCAUUCAAUUUAAAUACAAUAUUGUGAUCAUCCUACAUCACGUCACUUCUCUAGGGGCAUUCUUCAACGUGCCAUAACUUUUUCACUAAACAUUAGUUUGAUCUCGAUGUGAAAUUUGCAAAAAAAAAAAUUAUUUAAUUUGUUAACAUUUUUCUACCUGUAUUCUAUUAACCAAUUCAAAGCUUGUUUUAAUCUGAAUAAAAUUCUUAACCAUGUUUUA